AUGGCUGACGUUCAAGUGGAAAACCGUCUUGUCGACUUUAUGCAGAAGGCUAUUCCAACAAUCGCCGAAGAAGUUGCCGAAUACUUGAGUAGUAAGUCUUUUUUGUUUUUGUCUUGAUUUCUAGUGCAAAAUUGAGGAUUUUGGUGAGAACAAUCUGUAUUGUUGGAAUUAUUGUUUCUAUUGCCUUUAUUAUGCAUUCUUUCAGAGCUUCUGGUAGAAAAUGCCGCAGAAAUCACGACAGCAGAUGAGGUCUUUGAACAAGUUUCUGACAGUUUGAUGUCUUGGGAACCGGAUACCAAAGAGGACGAUGUUCGAGAGCUUUGCGAGAAAUUCUUGAUCAUUCUGCACAAUGGGUAUGUAGCGUAUUUCUUUAUGUUUUAUUCUGCGUUUAGGAAGAAAGUAGAGAAGCAAGUUCGCGAAUUCGGCGCGAAGAAGUUGGAGAAAACCGUGGACAUGAGUGAGACCACUUCGAAGCUCCACAAUAUCGACAGUAUCUGGAACAUCCAGGCGAAAGAUGUCCCAACCAUGGUAAGAAGACUUGCUUUCGGAGACAUAAACUUUUUAUUUUUUUAAUGUGUGAUCUGAUUUUUGGUUAAAUUAUAUUUGCCCACCUCUUUCAGCAAGUCGACCGAAAGAAAUUAGCCAAAGCCAAUCAAAAGGCUGCUGAAAAGCAGGCUAAACGUGCUGAUGAGGAGGUCGUCAAACCAGUCAAGAAGCAACGCGGUCAACAGGUUGCAACAGCUUCUCAGAUAAUGAACAAACGCGGAGUGAAAGAAGAUGGGUCCGGUGGAACCAAAGAUAUUCAUUUGGAAGGUAUUGAUAUCACAAUUGGAACAAAGUAAGGUGCUUUUCUGUUGAUUUAAUUUAACUUUUAGACAAUUGCUGAGUGGAGCCGAGUUGUUGUUGGUUUAUGGACACAAAUAUGGUCUGGUCGGACGAAACGGUAUUGGUAAAACAACAUUGUUGAAGAUGAUAUCAGGGCAAGUUUUUUUUAUAAAAUGCUUUUUGCGCUAUGAAUUUACUAAUUUGUAUUUUUAGUGGCCAAUUGAUCAUUCCAAACCAUAUCACUUUCUUGAGUGUGGAACAAGAAGUUGAAGGUGAUGAUACCCUUGUAAUUGACAGCGUUCUUGCAAGUGACAAAAAGCGAGUCGCAAUUUUGGCUGAGGAGGCGGAAAUACAGCGUCAGAUCAACGAGUAGGUCUUUUAUAUAUUUUUGUUAUGAUUUUAGGUACGGAGCUAGUGCAAUGCUAAAUUACCCCAAAUUUUAGCCCAUCUUCAACGGAUGAUCAACGGUCUCAACUGACAGGCCGUCUAACAGAAGUGUACGCCGAAAUGGAAGCCCUGGGUGUGGAGAAAGCUCCUGCCAGAGCUGCCACGAUCCUUUAUGGUCUUGGAUUCAAGCCAGAUGAGCAAAGAAAACCCACCAGAGAGUUCUCUGGAGGUUGGCGAAUGCGUGUAGCCUUGGCCAGAGCCUUGUUCAUGAAGCCAGAUCUCCUUCUACUUGAUGAACCUACAAACAUGUUGGACAUGCGAGCCGUUUAUUGGUUGGAGAACCAUCUUCAGGUGGGUAAUAUAAUGUUUUUGUUUUUAGAUGCCGGAAUAUUGUUAUUAUUUCCAUUAUAGGAAUGGGAGUCGACGAUUGUUAUUGUUUCUCACGACCGGAAGUUCUUGAAUGCCAUCUCGACUGAUAUUGUUCAUCAUCAUUCACAUCGACUAGAUCAAUAUAAAGGCAAUUAUGACACAUUCGAAAAGACGAUGAAGGAAAAAUUGACACUACAACAGAGAGAAUACGAGGCUCAGCAACAGCUCAGAUCGCAUGUUCAAGAAUUUAUCGACAAAUUCCGAUACAACGCCAAGAGAGCGUCGAUGGUGCAAAGUAGGAUAAAAAUGUUGGAGAAAAUGUGAGUUCGUUGUUUAUGUUGAUGCAACCAGGUGUCGGUGGUUUGAUUUUAUUUGCAGAGUGAUUAUUAUUUUUUUCAUUUUUAGGCCAGUUCUCCAACCAGUCAUCAUAGAAGCAGAUGUGACCUUCGCCUUCCCAAAAUGUGAACCCUUGGGAAAUCCAGUUCUUCAACUGGAUGAAGUAUCAUUCCAGUACAACAAACAGUCCAGUCUAAUCUUCCAGAACAUUUGUGUUGGGUCUCAAACGGAUUCGCGGAUUUGUAUUGUAAGUUUUGUGAUAUUAGACUUGACGUUAGUAUAAAAUGUUCAAAUGGUUUGUUUUUUGGAGCAAAAAUGAAAGUGUUUAUACCUAAUGAAUUGUGUUUACGUAAUUUUAUGUUGUUUUUAGGUCGGAGAAAACGGUGCCGGUAAGACAACAUUGUUAAAAAUUCUCUUGGGAGACCUCGCCCCGACUAGUGGAACCCGUCAUGUAAAUCGCCGAAUUAAUAUCGGAUACUUCACUCAGCAUCACGUAGACCAACUGGAAAUGGACUGUUGUGCUCUUGAGCUAUGCCAGCAGAAAUUCCCCGGCGGAACGCAAGAAGAAUACCGAGCGGCAUUGGGCAGAUUCGGAUUGUCCGGAGAUAUCGUCUUCCAAUCGAUUGAAACCUUGUCAGGAGGUCAAAAAUCCCGAUUGGCCUUUGCCAUGCUGGGUCUGCAGAAGCCGAACUAUUUGAUUCUUGAUGAACCGACUAACCAUUUGGAUGUGGAAACGGUGGAUGCGCUGGGAGUCGCGCUGAAUGAUUUUAAUGUGAGCUUUUUGUGGAGAAGCGGUCUUGAAGCCCCAUGAAUGUGGUUUUUUGAUUAUAUUGGAACUACUAAUUAAGAUGUAGUAUUAAUCAAAUUUGAUAUUUUAAGGCUUGUCAAGAUGCAAGGGUUCACUUUAGCUCAAAACAAAGCUUUUGAUUUGGUGAAAACUUUGUCAAAAAGGCAUUUGCGUGGUGUUGCGUGAAAACUUCUGAGGAUUUUUUACCCUUACAGGCCAAAAUUAGGCAGCUAACUUUUACGUAUUCUGAAUCAGAAAAAAAAAAAAAAAAAAAAAAAAGAAAAAUUUUGCGAUUUUUUUUUGAUAUAUGACUUGACCUGUAACCCAAUAGAAGUACUUUCCUUGUGAACGAAACUUUAUGCAAACGCUUACUCAAGCAUCUGCAUUCGUCAUAGAAAAGUCGAAUCCAAGCUUUUUCCGAGUUCUCUCAAAAUGUGAAAAUCGCAUGGGGGCAUAUUGUAGAUCCAGCUACCUAAUCGGUAGUUAUAGGAACAUUAAUUUUUUCGGACUUUUCGGCUUUCCCAGUAUUUUCAGCUAUUUCUGACUUCAUAAAAACAUUUUUUUAGGGCGGUGUUGUCCUGGUUUCCCACGACGAACGUCUCAUCGACUUGGUCUGCAAAGAACUCUGGGUUGUCAAGGAUCGUACUGUAACCCGACUGGACGGUGGGCUUGAAGAAUACAAGAAACACGUCUAUAGACAGCUCGCCAUUCCCAUGUAA